CCUUCGCCGACGCUUUUGUGAGCUGGAGUAGUCCUUAUCCAAUCAAAUCAAAGUAAAUAAAAAACAAAGAAAGUCCUCAUCCAAUCAACAAUCGGCUCCAUCCUCUCACUGUCACCGGGCCCAACUUGUGCAUCAGGCUGGACCCACCCCUGAUAUUUUCCGGUGACUAUCUUCCUCUGCAUCUGGGUCCCACCACCUUUCCCUCCCCCGCCUUCUUCCUUCCUCCCCAAGACCGCGAGAAAAAUUCAGCAGCAAUCGCAAUUCGCAAGCUCGAAGCUUAAAAUAAUCUCUUGUAGACGCCUCUGGAAGGUCAGCAGCUAAACCCAGGUAACCUCCAGUGCUGGAGCCGUACUCAACCCUAACCCUAGCCCCCCAAUGGCGGCCGGCGGCGGGGCUCCGUGGGCGGAGCGCGCGCGGGUGGUGGGGACGCAGAUCCGCAACAGGUUCCGCGUGGCGCCCGUGGACCACCGGUCGCUGUGGCUGCGGGCAGACAGCCGUGUCGCUACUGAGGCGGUCCGGCGGUGGUCGGAUCGCGUUCGGGCCCUGCUUCAGAGGGACCGGGGCGCGGAUCGGAGCUCCACGUCGACGGAGACGUCUCCUGAGGCGGCGGCGAAGCCUUCGUCCAGUGCUUUGAGAUUCUACAGAAAGAGAGUGGGCAAAGAAGUCAAUGGGAUUGAAGACUCUGUUAUUUUUCGUUCGCUUCAAGCAUUGGCUGUUCCUCUUAUUGGCAAUGCAUGCUAUGUUUUUAUGCAUGGCCUUAACUCUGUUCAGGUUUAUGGUGCAGAAAAGCUUCAUCAGGCAUUACAAGGGAGACCUAAAGGCAAGGCUCUUCUAACGGUCAGCAAUCACGUGGCAGCAAUGGAUGACCCCUUCGUAAUUGCCUCCCUUCUCCCACCAUCUGUUAUGCUGGAAGCACAAAAGCUGAGAUGGACACUGUGUGCAACUGACCGUUGCUUUACAAAUCCAGUUUUGUCUACAUUCUUCAGGUCCGUUAAAGUGUUACCUGUUUCUCGUGGUGAAGGCAUCUACCAAAAGGGAAUGGAUAUGGCACUUUCAAAACUUAACAGUGGUGGAUGGGUUCAUAUAUUUCCUGAAGGAAGCCGUUCAAGAGAUGGAGGGAAAACCAUUGCUCCUGCCAAGAGAGGUGUUGGAAGAUUGGUAAUGGAUGCUGACAGCCUUCCAGUUGUUAUACCCUUUGUCCAUACUGGGAUGCAGGAUAUAAUGCCUGUUGGAAAACGCAUCCCCAGAGCAGGGAAAAGGGUGAUUGUGGUUGUGGGUGACCCAAUUAACUUCGAUGACCUGCUCAUUGACAACUGUGAUGAUGCCCAACACAUCUCUAGAGGUAUCUUGUAUGACAAAGCAACAGAAAGAAUUGGGCAGCGUUUGCAGGAACUGAAGGUUGAAGUUGACAGACUGGCUGCAGAGCAGCAAUCCGAGCUCCAAAACCACAACGCGAGUGAUGACGGAUACCGGCUGUGGCAGCAGGUCGAUUGGGAAGGAUUUGGCAUAGGGAGUUCCAUGUUGUCAUCAGAACCUUCAGCUAUCCAAGUUCCAUCAAAGGAAGCUGAGCCUGAACCGCACCUGGAAGUGGAACAAAGCACGUCUCCAGCCCCAAGUGCAGCAAUCUCUCACAAUGUUGCUGUUCCACACUGGUUCCAGCGUCACGUAGAUCCUUCUGAGCUCAUGGGGUUCGCUGCACGUGGCCUGAUCAAGAAUGACAAAUUCUUUGAGGAAGGUUACAGGGAACUCCAACAAUCGGCUACUACUAUGAACACUUGGUGGAUUUCUCGUGCCAACAAUGCUGCACACCGAUGGAGCACUGCUUGACUGAGGCCACACUUUCGCCCUCCCUUUGUACAUAGGUUGCGGGCAGUUUUGAUAGACUCCAAUUCUCUCUUUCAUGGAGUUGGUGAAAAUUAGGGUUAUGUGUCGACUAUACAAUGUCUUACAGAGGUGGGCGUAUGAUUGUACUUUAGGUAAAUGUCAAUGUCAUCCUCCAUCUACACUAGAGGAAUGAGCAACACGAUAUUUCAAGUUAUACGAGACCUCGAGGUUUUAAUACACGUGUAGCAGAUCAUGGACCAAAGGCCCGACACAAUAGUCUGUUACUGAAGUUCUGCAGUUCA